AUGGAUGAUAUACCACCGCUAUUCAUCCCAAUUGAUAUUAGUGAAGACGAUUAUUCUUCCUCAAGCGAUAUUAGUUUAAUUUUUUUUCAAAAUCUUAUUAACGAAGCCGCCGAAUUGGAAGACACGGGUACUUCUAGGAAAAGGAAAUAUGUCCGUCGAGAUCGAGAGAAAUGUCAGGAAAACCUUAUGAGAGAUUAUUUUGUCGAGGAGCCCAUAUUUAACGAAGAGGUUUUUCGUCAUAGGUUUCGUAUGUUGAAAAUGUUGUUUUUAAAAAUUGUGAGUGGCGUGCAAACGAAUAACUCGUGGUUUCAAGAGACCCUGGAUGCGACUUUGAAGAAGAGUUUUACACCGAUGAAAAAAGAUACAUCGGCGAUUAAGCAACUUGCAACCGGUAACCCUCCAGACGAGUACGAUGAGUAA